AUGUGCGAUGAUUUGGCAUUACCAAUUUUGCCUCCAAAUUUACUAAUCGGAAAAAUUUCCUCGAUAAAAGAUGACCUUAUUAUCGCGCAAAGACAAUUGAUUAGCGACCUGUUGAAAGAAGGGAAUUAUAUUAAAGAAGAUAAUCAAUUUACUUCUACGGCCGAAAGUGCCAUUCGGGAUGAAAUCGACCUUAUGAAAUCUAUUAGAGAAUGUGUUUAUGGUCAAGAAUUUGAUGUAGAUUUGAACGGUCACGAAAAUUAUCGAAAGCUUGAAGCUAAGAACGGACAUAUUCCAUAUUUACCCGAUUUCCUUGAUGGAAUCGGAACGCACAGAGCCUAUGUCGGUGGUCUAACUAAAGACAUUGAUGAAUUAAAAUUACGACAGUGUGUCGAAGAAACAUUUGGAAAAGUUCUAUGGAUUGAGAUGAUUCAAGAGCGAAAAUGUGCUUUCAUAGAAUUCGCUGAUAAAACCUCUUAUGAAUCCGCAAUCGAACAACGUGAAUUUUCGUUAAACG